AUGUCGGGUCCAAUGGCAUCUUCGAGUGCAACGAUACGCCCUGCACCGCUGCUCAACCCCUCGUCCCCAUCCCCAUCCGCACCCACAACCACAACUACAUCCACAACCAUAUCUACAUCUACAACCGCGCUCGUGCUGGUGCCCACGCCUAUACCCUCCUCCACUUCGGGUACCCUGCCCCCAGUAGUCUCAGCUCCUCCAAAUAGAACGGGAACGGCUAGUUCGUCUCACGCUACAAGCUCAUCACUCCUCUCACCAUCAUUUCAAUCUAAUUCCUCGCGCCAAACUCACCACCACCACCACCCACCCCCCUCUCCUUCCGCUUCCGCAUCGCGGAGCACCACGUCGCCUCCCACCACCACAGCCACAGCCAGCACAUCAUCCGCUACCAGCCAGCAGCCCCGCGCAGCCACCGCCAUGGACCUGCACCCCGCCCUCCUACCCUCCCACACUACCACCACCCCCCCAGCACCCGCGCCCGCGCAGCACGUAGCCGAAGCGCGCGCCGCCCUCGUGGCCUCGAUGUCGAACAUGAUUGACUCGGAGCUGCAAUCCCGCGCCUCUCUACUCCACGCGAACGCCGGCGCGCUCAGCAAGCAAGAGCGGGACGUCGUCAAGGGCACCGAGGCGCUGCGCAAGGAAAACGACAAGCUCGAGAAGCUGGCCCGCGACACCGAGCGCAAGAUCAAGGAGAUCGGCAACGUGCAGAACUGGGCCGAGGUGCUCGAGCGCGAUUUCUUGGUGCUGGAGGAGACGAUGAGGUUGGUGAGGGGAGAUGGGAGUGGGAGUGAUGGGAGUAGCUGUAGUGAGUGUGGGAGUGGCAGUAGUAGUAGGAGGAGUAGCUGGUCGGGGAGCUAUAGUGCGGAUGGGGGGAGUAGGGCGGGUGGGGUUAAUGGGGAUGCGCAGAAGAAAACGAAUAAUGAGGAUGGUGAUGCAAACGGGAGCGCUGCUGUUGCUGCGAGCAGUGACCGAAUCCGCAUCAACGUCACCGGAGACGAAAAAACACUCGCAGACCGCAUCAGCGAGGCCAUGAACACAGACCUCCGCGAGCCCCUCGAGUCUUUAUCGCUAGCAAACCCGCCGCCUUCUUCAUCCACCCGCAGCACGCUCGCGAGUUCCGCCAAGGGCAAGGAGCGGGCCACCCUGAAUGACGACGACGAGGCGAUACAUUUAGGAGAUGAGAGUGCUUCGUCGCCCCGUGAGCUCUCUCUGUCUCCAUCCUUCGAUACAACUAAUACUUCUUCUUCUUCCCAGCCCCAACACCUCGGGGGAGAGCACGGAUAUAGGUGA